UCUCUCUCCUCACCCCCCUCUCGGCUCUAAGUGCUGCAGCCCACCCUGCUCCGAGCUCCAGUGGUACAUGCCAUCAGAAAGCCCAUCUUUGGAUGGGAGGAGGGGGAGCACGGUCUCAGUCCCAUCUCAGAGGCUACUUUAGUCGCCCCCCCCCACCCCCUCCAACAGAAGCUCAGUCACAGACGUCUCUGUGCGCCUGGAGCUGCCCUCACGCGUCACGGAGCUGCCGCGUUCACCGAGCUCGGCAGACGGGAGAGGAUUAGAGACGGACGAGCGGAUACGAAGAUAGACGAAGAGGACGAGGAGGCGUCGGAGGCAAAAAGGAAGAGUGGAGGAAAGAAAGAAAAAAAAAAGAGCCGAGAAAUCUAAAGAGAACAAACACACACGUCGCUGACUGACGUCUGCCCACCCGCGCGCCUGCAACACAGAGAUGGGAGGAAACUGAAGCCCACGGUUUCGCUUUUUCUUUUUUUUUUUUCUUUUUUUGAAAAUCACAUUUUCCCACUUGAUCUAAGGCAUGUUGGCGGCUUUCAGCUGCAGAAUUACGGCAGGAGAUGCUGUGAACGCCGACCCUCAGUCACCCACCGACACGCAGCAGGGACAAACACUGGAUUUCCACAAUGAAUGAAUGAGAGUUGUUUCUGCCGCAUGCGCUGGGAAUACAGUCUGGAAGUGAAGUGUCUGACUGAGGGACCGGCCCGGAGGAUGAGCGCCUGAGUGAGAGUUUGGCCGUCACCUGUGACACGGCUCCUGCUGCAGUCGACAACUGUCACGCAUCAACGCAAUCGCCAGACGCCAUCGCAUCGGACGAGUCGACGGGGGAAAAAAAAAAGUGUUGUGACAGUUUUGGACCACAAGGACGAAAAAAAAAAAGAACCAGAGAAAGGAGCACGGCGGAGGAGGGGCCUGUGGAGAACAGAGGUCUGCCUGUUUGGAUCUGUGACUAAAGCCCGUGCAGAAGGAGCAGUAAUAAAACAAAAUGGGCAGCAGAACUGACGUGUUACGGCGGAAACCGCUCCGAUGAAGCUCCUCCACCGAACGACCCAGACCUAAGAUGCAGUUCUGACUGUGGGUAAUGCCGAGCCAAAUAACCAAUCCUGGAGAUGCCGAAGAGAAGAGAUAUUCUUGCCAUCGUGUUGAUCGUGUUACCCUGGACUCUGCUCAUCACCGUUUGGCACCAAAGUGCGAUCGCUCCGCUACUCGCCAUCCACAAGGAUGGCGGCGUAGAGGGCAAGAGGGAGACGGGUGGUCAGGCGCAGGACUCCAAAGAAUACUGUGCCUCAGAUAAGGACAUAGUGGAGGUGGUGAGGACGGAGUACGUCUACACGCGGCCCCCGCCCUGGUCCGACGUGCUGCCCACCAUCCACAUCAUCACCCCCACCUACAGCAGGCCAGUCCAGAAGGCCGAGCUGACGCGUCUGGCCAACACCUUCCUCCAUGUCCCCAACCUGCACUGGAUCCUGGUGGAGGACUCUCAGAGGAGAACGCCUCUGGUCACGCGCCUCCUGCGGGAGACGGGGCUGAACUACACCCACCUCAAUGUAGAGACGCCCAGGAACUAUAAGCUGCGGGGUGACACCCGCGACCCCAGAAUCCCUCGAGGGACCAUGCAGAGAAACCUGGCCCUGAGGUGGCUGAGGGAGACCUUCAACCCCAACAGCAGCCAGGCGGGAAUCGUUUACUUUGCUGACGACGACAACACCUACAGCCUGGAGCUGUUCGAAGAGAUGAGAUCAACCAGGAAAGUUUCAGUGUGGCCCGUGGCCUUCGUGGGCGGCCUGCGGUACGAGUCCCCCAAGGUCAACGCAGCUGGAAAGGUCUACGGCUGGAAGACGGUGUUCGACCCCCAUCGACCUUUCGCCAUCGACAUGGCCGGCUUCGCCAUCAACCUGCGACUCAUCCUCUUCAAGCCACAGGCAUAUUUUAAGCUCCGAGGCGUGAAGGGAGGCUAUCAGGAAAGUAGUCUGCUGAGGGAACUGGUCACACUCGGCGACCUGGAGCCCAAAGCAGCCAAUUGCACUAAGAUCCUGGUUUGGCACACGAGAACAGAGAAACCUGUCCUGGUCAACGAGGGGAAAAAAGGAUUCACAGACCCGAAUGUGGAGAUCUAACGGCUUUUUUUCUCUCCCUGUAUCCAAGGUUGUUGGCCGUGGAGCUGCCGAGUCCGUGGAUCAGUGCAGCCAGUGCUCAAGUCUUAAUCGUCAGGAAUAAAAAAGGAAGUGACGGCCGUUGGACGAGGAUUUAAUCCUCUUCACUGAAGCUGACGUUUUCACACACAGACACAGAAAAAAACACAGACUAAAAUGAGUACAAAUGUAUUAUAACAAAGCACAGAUCAGUCAGAGGCGGCUCUUUGGGGUUGGGGGGGACAUAAAGGACGUGCAUCUCAGCCUGAAGACAGGUCUACAAAAGAGACAGCACAACACAGACGGCGUACAACCAGCGGAGACGAGACGACCGAACAAAACAAGAACAUUUUCUUCACCUCGAUGAAAAAGUGCACACGGUUCAGAGAUGGAAUUCCUCGUGGUCUUUACCAUCAGUCUGGAUCAACGACAAAAAUCAGCACGACUUGGUGGAUUAAUGCAUUCAAUGUGGAUUUAUUUUUUGUUGUUGUUUGGAGCAAACACAAACAGGAAGGGAACGAAUGUUCUUUAAAUUACUACGAAACGUUUGCUUUAAUUUAAUUUAAUUUAAUUAGACAUGGUGUUUUGCCAGCACUUGACUUACCUGCUAGUUUAAUACUACUGACUCGUACCAUUUCGUGCAUUCACUCUUGGUUGGUCAUCGUUCAUCUGUAGCGUCAUGACGAGUCCACUCAUCAGAACAACCAUGGACACGUGGGACAUCGAAAUCCAGAUCACAGAAAUGAUGUGCAACGACACGUGAGGCCGAGAUAGGAUAAUAAUAUAAAUACAUAUUACUGUAUGGGGUGGGGGGGGGGACAAUUCCUCUAAAAUAACGUCAACUGAAAUGUAAAUUUAAUGUAAAGACAAUGAUGAGAAUAUAACUGGAGAUUUACUUUGGAUAGAGGUUCAGCAAAAAGAAGAUUUCUUGAACUUUUUUACAGAUCACAGAUCACAGAUGAUGAGGAAGAGUUUAUGUGGAGGAAGAUUAGGGAACAACAGGCAGGAGUCGAUGCCAAAUUGCAGUUUUCAGGACGAGACGAGGUCAACGAAGGCUGCCAAGGCUGAAGUGAGGACAAGUCGCCUGCAGAAAAAAAAAAA